GGACCCGCGGGGGAGCCACCCAGUUGCCCAGGGCCCCGGGCGCCAUGCAGGCCGAGUACCUGCACCAAUACCUGCCACUGGUGGCCAGUACCGGCCUGGUGCUGAGCCCCGAGCAGAGGGCCACGCUGCAGGUCUCCCUGGAGAUCGUCAAGAAGAACUACAAGUUCAGCCGGGUCUACUUCUGGGGCAAGAUCCUGGGCCUGACCGCCGACUACUUCAUCGUGAUCGGAGUGGAGACGGACGAGCUGAGGGGCAGGAAGAGCCUGUACAGUUUAAACUGCAUGGAUUGGAAAUUACUUCCCCCAGCAACAGAUGAGAUGAUAGAGAGAUCAAUGCGGGUUAAAGGUCGUUUCAUGGGUGAUCCUUCUCAUGAGUACGACACCAUAGCGGUUAAGAAAAGUGAUGAAGAAAUGGCCAGUUUGGAGCUAAAGGUAAAAGAGGAAGAACGCUUGACAGCUACAAUUGAACAAAUAAACAGAGAAGCUGCAAUAGUUCCCAGGGGUGCUUUUAUCAAGACGCCUCUUGAGCAAAUCCACAAGAACAGGAGUUUUGGAGGUUUGUCGGUUACCGAAGCUGGGAAGUUGCAAUCCUAUCUUCACUUCACUGAGCCUGUCAUACUGAAGAAGAAGUCACAGCUGGUGCAAGCCAAUUUGGAGGAUUCAAUUGACUUUCUCAAUUCUCUUGAAGAUGACGAGUUAAAAGUGUUCUGGAGUCUGCAAUAUGAGAGGGGCAGCAAGCUGGUCAUUCUUCAAAGUCUUUUGUGGCUCGGCUUCAACUUCUUCCACGUGCCUGAGACUUCUCAGUACGGUUCCAUCUACAUGGGCCUAGGCGAGAGGAAUAUAGACUUUCCAUUCAUGAUAUGAUACUCCCAUCAAUCAGAAAGCUCAAUGAGCCGAUACCUAUUAAUUUCUCUGAUUUUAACUGAUUUACUUCAAAUUACACUGAAUUAAUUAUAUAAAAUACUAUUGUCAACAAAUGACAUCUUUCUAUAUUUUAAUAA